AUGACCAUGAAGGCGCCAACCCGUGCUUCAAGGCGUCUCAUGCACCCAACAGUGAUCCGCCUGGGUGCGCUCGUCGCUCUAUGCUUGUCCAUCUUGUUCAUACCGCCGAUCACGGCCCAGACGCUUGUCCUCACGUCUACCACCACCCAGUUGGCCUCGGCGACGGGAUCAGGCCUGCUAAACACCCCAACAAAGUCGGCGGGCGAGGCAUCUCGCACACCAACCUCGUCAGCUCCGCAGGUCACCUCGACCACCGUACCCGACUUCGAUUUCUCCGGCCCCCAGGUCCCGUUCCUUCUGCAGAAGCCCAUCCCCUCGCAGGAUGACCCGCAGCGCCACCGACUCGCUAGGCCGCGCACCCUCGACGUCUUCUUUACCGGCUGCGAGGGUUCGAAUGAUAUGGUCGACCCCGACGCUCGCUUCAACGUCUCCGCCGUGUAUGCUCAGUUCGACUACGAUCUCAAUCGAGUUAAUGUCCUCGCCGAACAGAACGCCCAUUCCAGCGGUGUCCUCAGGAUCACGGCGGUAGGAGCGACCAACGCCAUUGGACGCACGGCAGACAGCUCCCUGUCUACGCCUCCGCUGAGCACGCUCUCUGUCGAAACCAACUUCUUGACCUUCCAGAUCUUCAGCAACAAUUCGUACCUCUGCGAUCACCUCUAUCCGACUCGACCCGAUCCAGAGAACCAGCUCAUCGUGCCCGCUGGCUGCCUGUACGGUCCUGGGCAGGUCGCGCUUGGACUCGGCAUCCCGCUCAACGACACCUAUACCUUGGGCACGCUGUGGACUCGCAUCAGGCUGAGCGACACCUCCAGCCCGCCCAAGGAUAUCGCCUGCAUCGAGGUGCUCGCCUCGCCCUAUGAUGGAGCCAAGUGGUACUGGGACCUCAUCUUUUGGUUCCCUGUCGCUCUGGCCAUAGGCUACCUGGGCGUCGUCUCCUUGGCGAGAGUCAUCAGCGCCGUCAACUCGAGGGCGAAAGCGUUCCGUCACAAGGCGCGAGAGGGUAGCCAGCCAAACAUCGUCAGGGACACGAUCGCACCGACGUUGGUCGCCUCGUUGAGCGGCCAGCAGCUCGCCUCGAGCGCUUCCCUGCUGAGAUUUGUCACGCCGGGCUGCUGGGACAUCAUCAUGCACACGCAGUUCAUCGCCGCUCUAGCAAUGGUGGCCGUUCGAUGGCCUGCAUUCGCCUAUCCUUUCUUCCAGCGGGCGGCAUGGGCCAGCUUGAUCGCCAACACCGCGAUCGUCGGCUCAGAUAGCCCCUCGGAAAGGGUCGACCCGCUGUACUCCCGCGCAAACCUUCCUGCUGGCGACAUUGGCGCCCAGAUGGGCGAUCCCACGUCCAAGCUCUACAUGAACGCGAGCCAGCCGAACGUCUUGCUGAACCUCGACGGCGCCAGGACCGGCAUGGAGGCGUUUGCGCAGAUCGUCGGGCUCCGUCCCCAGGAUCUCUUUGGCACUUGCUUGGCUGUCUGGCUCAUCCUCGUUGCGGCUGCAGUAGCCGUCUCUGCGGUGGUCUGGAUGAUCGACUCGACCCACGACACCUUUCUGCGAUUUCGGAAGCGUCAGGAGGACGGAGCUGGCCUGACGCUCCAGCUCGACGAACCCAGACGCUCGAAGGAAGUUACCGACGCCGACGACGAGGCGGCUGCGCGAUCCUCGAUCAGCCGCAGAGGCGGCUACCGAUUUCUCGGCCGACCCGGCCGCCGCCUCUUUGGAUCCAGCAACAAUAGCAUCCAUCUCAAGUUGUUGCACGGCAACUUGGUGCGCGCCGUUAUCCUCUUUCACCUUCCCAUCACAAUCUUUACGACAUACAACAUGACGAACUCGGACGGCUUCUCCUUGACGUCUAUCGCCCUGGCGGCGCUGUCGUUCGCGUUCCUUUCGGUCAUCAUCCCCGCCUACCUCGUCUUUCGGAUCUACCGGACACCUACGGCCAAGCUGUACGACUCGAUCGGCACCCUCAGCGCGCUUGGGCCUCUCUACAACACCUACAGUCCAGGAUCCCAGCUGUUCUGCGCGAUCGACUUCCUUCACACACUCGUGCUGGGCAUCGUCGUCGGUGCAGGUCAGAGGAACGGUACAGCACAAGCCAUCAUCAUGCUCGUCUUUGAGGUCCUUUUUGCCCUCGGUGCAAGCCUUUGGCUGCCCUGGGGCGACGGCGCGGUCAUGGGUCCCAUCAGCUUCGUCGCGAGCGUACUUCGGAUCAUUACUGUGGUUCUGGUCCUCCUUUUGUGCCCUCUGGUCGAUUUCGGGCGCCAGGCUGCCGGGUGGUUGACGUACGUUAUCCUCCUCAUCCAGGCGAUCCUCUAUGUAUGCGCGGCGCUCAUCCUCCUGGUCAAGCUGGGCGAGGGACUGGUCCGCCUGCUCGGCAGAGCGCCGUUCGAUGAGCGGGCCUCGGCGCGUUCCUCGGGACUAGGCGGUGCCUGCCGCGACAUUCGACUGCGGCGCAACACGAUCCAGCUCGGCAGGCCCAAACGCGAAUCGCGCCAGGCGCUCAAUCGAUCGGGCUCGACCAAUACGCAGACACUCAUGCUUGCGAACGCCGCGCGGCCAGGGUCUCUUGGUGGUCUCAGAGCGUCCGGCCCCAGCUCGCCGGGCCAAGCACAUGCCUCACUCCCCUCAUCAACGUCGAAGAUGCCAAUGCACUCGCGGCAAACCUCGUACGCGUCAUAUCUCGACGGCCAGCUUCAAGGUCGAAAGUCGCCUGCCGACUACCUGAACGACAGCAACAGCCCGUAUUCGACGUAUUUCCGCGGCGAUCCUCACGAUGACGGCGGCAUCAUCAUGGCUGCACUGCCACCACAUGCCACCAUGAGCACCGCCAACCCAUCCCACAACAUUGUUCCUGGGCCAUUCGCCGGACGCCCCUCGUCGCCCCCGGUUGGCCCUGGCUUCGUUCGAACCGGAGGCGGUCGAGCGACUGACGCAUCGCCUUACAAGACAACAUCGGCUGCUCUCGCUGCGACCGCUGCGGGUCAACAUGGCAGCAUCGGCUCGAUGCAGAACCCGCGCCAGCCAGGCCUGAGCACAGCAGCUGGUCACGUCGAUAGGCGAGGGUCUCCUUCGGUCCCCUUGGGCCAUGCGCACGCAGAUCAUACCAGCACGCAGAUUGCAGCGCAAUAUGCCAUGGGCGAUCGCCCGCCCGCCCAGGGACCAAAGCUAGGCAAGAAACCCAAGUUCUGGCAGCGACGCGGCAGUGGUGCUCUCGCGGACAGCAGCGACGAAGACGACGAUGACGAUGCCUUUACCGGAGCGCAUCGGGGUUCUUCUAAGAAUCAAGGAGCUUGGCGGGGUCUCGGUAAGAUGAGUGCGGCAUUCGGCGCGCUGUCGUCAGCCUUUGGCGCAUCUCGAGGAGCAGAUCAGGAUCCGCAAGCUGCCGUGGCAAACGAGCAAAUCACGGACGAUCGCAGCGAAUCAAGGGGCUUCGAGGUGGUGCGGCCGCAGCGCCCGCGGAGAAGCUCGGCCGCUGCAGAACAGGCGCUUGACUCGACCGCCCUUGCCGCCGCCUCCGCGAUCUCCGGAGCAGAAUUCACGUCUGGCCACCCUCACCGAUCGGCAGCCGACAGGGACUUUCCGGACGGUGCUCGUCAUGGGAAGGUGCCUGAUGCGAGCAAGGAUGACGUCGAUUACGACCCCGAGUCUGGCACCUUGCCGCCAGGAGCAGGGCAACAAGCACUGCUCCUGCCCAAUCGUGCAACGGAAAGUCGGCUUCGCUCCGGUGCUCCGCCCCUGCAGCAGCAUCCCGAAGAAGGCGGGGAAGACGCCUUCUGGAUCGACUCACAGGCCGGUCAACCCAACAAGCCUCUCGAUGCAACGGUCGCUGAAGCGCGUUCGGAUCGACGCGACUUUUCCGGGGCUUCCUCUUUCCGCACUGCAUCGACGCACGGGCGCUUGGCCCAGCCGAUGACGGCCGAGGUCUUUGACAGCGUCGACGACCUGCCCGAGCCAACGUCUUCGGCAGGCGUGGACGAAGCGGCCGCAAAACGGGUCUCUUGGCUGUCGUCACUCAACUUCGACCGGCCCGCCGCGGUUUGGCCGAGCGCGCAAGCCCCGACAAGCUCCCGUGACAAAGGCGACAUGGCCAGCGCGCCGCCCCUGCACCUUUGGGACUCGGCGCAGGCUUAUGGGCCCGCCGGCGGUGGCGGCACAAAGUGA